UUGCUUUUGCAUUUGUACUCAAGAUUUCUCAUUAUAAAAAUGGGAGAAAUCAUCCAAGACCUCCAAGAACUAAAAAAGAGCUAAGAAGAAUUUUAUCUUUUCCAUGAUGGAACCUCACGUCCUAUUCGUAGCAUUAGCCACACACGGCCACUUCAACCCAGGCCUCCACUUAGCCAACAUCCUCUCCCACAGCGGCGUUCACGUGACGUUCGCCACCUCCGCCUCCGUCCUCCAGCGUGUCCCGAAACUCCCCUCCUCCCCACGCCUCUCCUUCGCCUUCUUCUCUGACGGCCAAGACGAUGGUUUCAAACCCGGCAACGACGUUGUUCCAUUCCUCUCCCAAUUCGAGUGCCAAGCCUUCAAAGCCAUCCAUGAUAUCAUCCUCAAUUCCAAAGCCAAUGGAAAACCAUUCUCUUUCGUUCUUUACUCUUUGCUCACUCCAUGGAUGGCCGACGUCGCCCGCUCUUUCAACCUCCCCACCGCUCUCUUUUGGAACCAAUCCGCCGCCGUUUUCGCCAUUUACUAUCAUUUCUUCAAUGGCUAUAGAGACCUUAUUCAAAAUUCCUUCUCUUAUCCUUGCGUUAACAUUAACUUGCCUGGCCUCCCUUCAUUGAACUCUAAACAACUUCCUUCCUUAUGCGACCCAACAAACUCCAACUCUUUUGUUCUAAAACUCUUUGAAUCCCACUUCCAUGUCCUCAAACAAGAACCCCAAUUGAAAAUUUUGAUCAAUACCUUCAACGAGCUUGAACACGACGUUUUGAGAGCUAAUAACAUGGGGAAUUUAAUCCCCAUUGGGCCCGUGUUGCCCACUAAAGACAUCGAACAACUCAAUAAUAAAAAAAACUUGGGUAUGUUCAAAGCUGCACCCAACAGUUACGGUCCAUCUUAUAGUUUGGAUGAAUCUAAAUAUUUCUCAUGGCUAAAUUCAAAGGCGAAAUCUUCUUUAGUGUACGUGUCGUUUGGGAGCAUUGCCACAGUAUCGAAGGCACAAUUGGAGGAGAUUGGGAGAGGGUUGUUGGAUUAUGGUGGGGAAUUUUUGUGGGUGAUGAGGAAAAUGGCUCAUGGGAAUGAAAGAGACAUGUUGAGCUGCCUAGAUGAGCUUGAGGCCAAAGGAAAGAUAGUUGCAUGGUGUUCACAAUUGGAGGUCUUGUCGAACCCGGCAACUGGGUGUUUCUUGACGCAUUGCGGGUGGAAUUCUUCGAUGGAAAGCCUCGUGUGCGGGGUGCCGGUGGUGGCGUUUCCACAGUGGACGGACCAAGGGACCAAUGCCAAGAUUAUUGAGGACUUGUCAAAGAGUGGUGUGAAGUUGAGAGUGAAUGAAAAUGGCAUCGUUGAGAGAGGAGAGAUCAAGAGAUGCUUGGAAAUGGUAAUGGGGAAGGGAGAUGAAGGGGAAAGUUUUAGAAGAAAUGCCCAGAAAUGGAAGGAAUUGGCCAAGAAAGCUACCACUAAGGGAGGUUCUUCCUACCUCAAUAUCAGGGGUUUUAUUGAUGAACUUUAAUUUGCCAACGAUGAAAAUAAUUAUUGCCAAGAGUUGAUGGAGAUCAUGUAUCAUUUUUUAUUAUAAAGUGGGUCAACCUUUUUAAACAAUAA